UGAGCAGCUCAUCAAACGCAAACGUUAAGGGUUCGUGUUAAGAACGCACUUUCUUAAAAUCCGACUUCAAACAAAAAAUAUUUUAAUAUUUUAUUUGUAAAAAAAAAACCAACAACAAAAUGCGCGCUUUCGUAGUAUUGGCUGUUUUGGCUUGCUUCUUGGCCCUCGCCUGGUCUGCUGUCAUCGAACAAGUGGAUAGUGACAAAGCCGUUGCCGAUUUAUUGGAUGUAGAUGCCGGUGUUGCCAGUGCCGAUGAAAAUACCAGACAGGUCCGUCAAUUCUUCGGACGUCCUUAUGGCGGAUUUUAUGGACGCCCCUAUGGCGGUUUCUAUGGUCGUCCCUAUGGUGGUUUUUACGGUCGUCCCUAUGGCGGUUUCUACGGCCGUCCUUAUGGUGGAUACUAUGGCGGUUUCUACGGCUAAACGAAUUGUGUUGUGAAACAGUAGAUUAUCUAAGUUAUUUAAUAUUUAUAAUUAGUUUUACGAAUAAAAAAGUUGUUACAAAAAUGGAAA